AUGAUGGAGCUAAUGACUGCUACACCUUUCUACACCAUGAACACAUCAAACAUCACCGGAAGAAACAACUCCUUGGACGAAGAGGACGAGCACGCAGAGCUGAGACAGUCCCUGAACAUCAUGUUUCUCAUUGUUUACUGCCUGGCCUUCGUUCUCGGUGUUUUGGGGAAUGGCGUGGUUAUCUAUGUGACCGGGUUCAAGAUGAAGAAAACGAUUAACACCGUUUGGUUCCUCAAUCUCGCUGUGGCUGACUUCCUCUUCACGGCGUUCCUGCCCCUGGCGGUGACGUACAUCGCUCUGGAUUUCCACUGGCCUUUUGGCAACUUCAUGUGCAAGGUGAACAGCACUCUGGGCUUUCUGAACAUGUUUGCCAGUGUCUACUUCCUGGUGGUGAUCAGUGUGGACAGAUGUGUGUCUGUGGUGUGGCCCGUCUGGGCCCAGAACCACCGAAGUGUACGCAAGGCAUCCUGCUUGAGUCUGGUUGUUUGGAUAGUGGCUCUGAUUCUCAGCGCUCCAUACUUUAUCUUCAAGGACACUGUGUCAAUCCAUGACAAUGAAGACAUCGUCCACUGCUUCAACAACUUUGCCCUUUCUGAGGACUAUGAAACACCAUCAGUGAAACAGCUGGGAGAUUUUCCACAGAUUAAGUCAUCUGGCUGGUAA